AUGGAGUGGACUCGUCGAGAAACAAUUGGUCACGGGAGUUUCUCCACCGUUAGUUUAGCAACUACCUCUGGAAACUCUACGGCGUUUCCGACGUUGAUCGCUGUGAAAUCGUCCGGAGUAGUUUGCUCCGCCGCGUUGAGAAACGAGCGAGACGUGCUUGAUGAUCUCGGCGACUGUUCGGAGAUCGUGCGGUGUUUCGGAGAAGGGAGGACGGUGGAGAACGGAGAAGAGAUUUACAAUCUGUUUCUAGAGUACGCUUCCGGUGGAAAUUUGGGUGAUAGAGUUAGGAAAUCCGGCGAUGCGUUGCCGGAAUUCGAAGUGCGUCGAUUCACGAGGUCGAUUGUUAAAGGACUGUGUCACAUCCACGCGAGUGGGUUCUCUCAUUGCGAUGUGAAGCUGGAGAAUAUUUUGGUUUUCGGUAACGGCGAUGUCAAAAUUUCGGAUUUUGGGUUAGCGAAACGUACAGGUGAGAUCGGUGAAGAGAUUAGGGUUGGGAUCAGAGGAACGCCUCUGUAUAUGGCACCGGAAUCGGUUAAUCACGGCGAAUUCGAAUCUCCGGCGGAUAUUUGGGCACUGGGAUGCUCUGUAGUCGAGAUGUCGAGCGGCAAAACUGCAUGGUGUGUUCAAGAAGGGAUUACGAAUGUAAUGUCUCUAAUGGUUCGUAUUGGUUCCGGCGAUGAAGUUCCUAAAAUUCCGGUGGAGUUGUCGGAAGAAGGAAAAGAUUUCGUGAGGAGGUGCUUUGUUAAAAACCCGGCGGAGAGAUGGACGGCUCAGAUGCUUUUGGAUCAUCCAUUCUUAGCCGUUGAUGAUGGUGAUGAUGGUGAGAGUAGUAGUGGUUCAAUGAGGUGUGGCGAAGAAGACGAGGCUUCAGUUUCACCGAGAGAUCCGUUUGAUUUCCCUGAUUGGAAUUCGGUUCAGUCUCCGGUUUGUUCACCGGUUAGUUAUUCACCGUUCAGUUAUUUGGUACGUUCGCCGGAGGAGAGAAUCAGUGGGUUAGUCACCGAGAACGCACCUGAUUGGUCGGUUUUGUGUGAUUGGGUCAACGUGAGGUGA